AUGGAAAAAUAUUCAAACAGUUCUGAUCCAAGAACAGCGAUUUUAUCAGAACAAAAUAUUAACACCACAGUAAGAAUGAAAGAAAACGUAAAUAAUCAAGGAGAUAAUAAAAACAUCCAUGAACAAAAUAAAUAUGUGGAUUAUAAUAUGUAUGAACAACCAGAGAAUAUGAAUUUAAUAGACCCAAAUAACUACGGGGCCAAUUUAAAUAAUUUUAGAAAUGGAGAAAUAAAUACACCUUCCAUUAACUUAUAUAAUGGAGAAGGCUAUAUGAAUGCUAAUAAUGAUUUAAUGAGUAAACCACAUGGUUCCCUUAAUCUUGCAUCUAUACCAACAAGUGAUUUUGAAUAUUAUGAAUAUGUAAAUGGACCAAUAAAUCCCAAUGAAGAAGGGUAUUAUUAUAAUAAAUUUCCAAUGAAUAAUAAUUUAUCUAUUCCUAAGAAUGAUAAUGUAAUAAAUGGUAUGAAUGAUAAUAUGUAUAAUAUGAUGUACAAUAUGGAUGAUAAUUUAAAUAAACCAUAUCUACAUGUAAAUGAUGAAUAUAUUAAAAAGGAAAUGAACAAUUAUAAAGAAAUAAAUAAUUUACAUAAUAUGUAUGAAUAUAUAAAUAAUAAUAAUAAUAAUAUUAAUUUAAUAAACCCACAAUAUAUGAUGGAAAAUUAUCAUUCUGAUUUAUAUAACAAUUUACAUAAUGUUCCAUUCAAUCCACAAAUGUAUAUGAAUAAUUUUCAUAAUAAUGAAAAUAAUAAUAAUAAUAAUGUACCAUUAGAUAUAUACCCUAAUGAAUCAUUUGAUAAAAAUUCACAUGAAUUAGAUAAUAGAGAAAAAAAAUUUUCUAAACUGAAACAAAUAAAUAUGAACAAAAAUAAUUUACCUAAUAUAGAUCAACUUCAAGCUAUUGUAUGUUUACAAAAACUUGAAGAAAUUCCAAGUCCUUUUUUAAAUAUUAGUGAAAUAAAAUAUUCGGUCAGUGCUUAUUUUAACUCUUAUGAUGAUAUAAUAGAAAAAUAUCAAUCCAAAUUUUAUAAUUGUAAAUUAAAUCAAUCAAUAUCAUCUUAUGCUGAUUGUGAUUUACAAAAUGAAAUCAUUAGUUUACCAUUCAAUAAUGAAGAAUUUAUUUAUUUAAAAGUUAUCGAAUCAUCUAUAUAUAAAACGGAAGUAAUAGGAAGAUUACAAUUAAAAGUUAAAUCCUUAUCUCAGGAAUAUCCUUUACGCAUUCCAAUUAUUGGAGAUGAUGGAAAUUCCAAAGGAUUUCUUAUAAUGAACUUUUUUAUAACUUCAUCUUAUUAUAAUCUAAAAAAUGAUAUAUUAACAGAUAACCCAACAUUACAAAAUAAAACUAAAUCAGCAAGACUAAGAAGAAGAAAUCAAGGAUUUCAUUUUUUUGAAAAUUUUACCAAAUGGUGUUGUGAAAUAUCGGAUCAUAAUUUAAAUUAA